AUGUUGAUCACAUCCUGGUAUGCGCGAAACCGCCUGGCACCCACCCGGAGCGACGGGAGCUGGAGUAACCCCGCUAAGGGCUCAGCCGUCAAACAACCAAAGACCAAAUAUCGCCUGCUAGUGGCAAGUGAGGUACCAUCAUGGUAUGCCCAUAACUCCUUCAUCCGUACUGGCUAUCGCCCUGUCAACGGGUCGGUCAGGCUGUGCGUCAAUAGCUUGCGAUUUAUCCAUAAUGAGACUGUCAACAUUUGUUCUCAUCUGAUACCGGCCGGAAUCGCCCUCGCCAGCAAUGGCCUCCUCCACCUGUACUUCUGCGACCGCUACCCAACUGCAUCCAUGGUGGACCAACUGGCAUUACACGUCUACUUGACUAGCUCGGUCGUUUGCUUCGGGAUCUCAUCCACCUAUCACACCCUUCUAUGCCAUUCGGAGCCUUGUUCAGGUCUCUGGGCCCGUUUGGAUUAUGUUGCCAUCAUUCUCCAGACUGUUGGGUCUUUCGUUUCAGGAAUCUAUGUCACAUUCUACUGCGAGCCCUGCCUACAGAAGCUUUAUUGGACUAUGACUGGUGCAUUGGGGCUCCUGUCCAGCAUUAUCCUAGUUAGUCCCCAAUUCCAGAGCAGUCGAUGGAGGUUGUUUCGGCUCUCCACGUUUGUUGCGACAGGCCUCUCGGGAUUGUUGCCCAUCAUCCAUGCUGCCUUCAUUUAUCCAUUUGCACAGUUGAACCAGCAGGCGGGCUUGGGCUACUACCUAGUCGAGGGUCUGGCACUCAUUACCAGGGUGAUCUUCUAUGCGGUGAGUGAGCCGGUUGCACGCAUCGGUGCGGCCGAAAGGAAGGCGAUUUCGAACCGAGCUAAUCGCAGCCAAACGUAG